AUGUCUGCAAAGGGAAACUACGAAUUGCUCUGCCUCGAGAACCCUCUCCUGGAUAUCCAGGGUGUCGGUGAUGAGAAGCUCCUCGAGAAGUACGGCCUCAAAGCCAACGACGCCAUCCUCGCCGAUCCUGAGAAGCAUAUGGGUCUUUUCGAGGACCUGAUUCAAAACUACAAGGCUGUCCUCAUCGCUGGAGGUGCUGCGCAAAACACCGCCCGCGGUGCCCAGUACAUUCUCCCCUCCGAGUCUGUCCUCUACAUCGGCUGUGUCGGUAAGGACAAGUACGGCGAGACACUUGAGGGCAUUUGCAAGGAGGCUGGUGUCAAGACAGAGUAUCUCUACGAUGAGAAGACCCCAACCGGUCGAUGCGGUGUCGUUAUCACUGGCCACAACCGUUCGCUCUGCACAGAUCUUGCUGCGGCCAACAACUACAAGUUGGAGCACUUGAAGCAGGAGAACAUCUGGAAGCAGGUCGAGAACGCGAAGGUGUACUACGUUGGUGGCUUCCACUUGACUGUCUGUGUGCCUGCUAUCAAGGCCCUGGCCGAGGAAGCUGCUGCGAAGAACAAGCCCUUCAUCCUCAACCUCUCUGCACCUUUCAUCGCGCAAUUCUUCAAAGACCCGCUCGAUGAGAUCCUUCCCUAUGUCGAUAUCCUCAUCGGCAACGAGACAGAGGCUGCCGCCUUCGCUGAGUCGCACAACCUUGACACCAAAGAUGUCAAGAAGAUCGCCGAGGCUAUCGCCAAUGGCCCCAAGAAGAACAACCAGAGGCCCAGGACUGUCGUGUUCACACAGGGUACCGAUCCCACAAUCGCUGUCACCGCACAGGAGGGUGGUCAGGUCGACGUGAAGGAAGUUUCCGUCCACGCCAUCAGCGAGGACAAGAUCUACGACACCAACGGCGCUGGUGAUGCCUUCGCUGGCGGUUUCGUUGCCGGUAUCGUCAAGGGCGAGAACCUUGAGAAGGCUAUCGACAUGGGUCAAUGGCUUGCCAAGCUCUCUAUCCAGGAGCUUGGCCCCUCGUUCCCCCAGCCCAAGCAGGCAUACUCUAGCUAA